GGGCGCGGGUCCGAUCUUCAUGUUGUAUGUGCUUCUGGUUUCCUUGCUCGGGUUUUCUCUUCAUGGCACGUCGCUCCUGGUUGCGCAUCUGGGCAUCUAUGUCUGUGGUGCUCGAACUUCCUGGACUGCACCGCUUGCUACAUCGUCGCGAAAUGCUGUACGGAUAGAGGGCCACAGGCGCACGAUCUUGCAUUCGGACAAACCAAUUGUGCUGAAUGCUGAUGGUGGUGGCUUUGUCGCCCUGUCCGCAGUUGUCGACAUACCGCUUUAGGCGGCUUCCCUGUGUUCUUCACAUUACCUAGUUGGGACAUUCUAAUCCUCGCGUUCCUUAUCUUUAUCUGUUAUUUUGCCGUCACCUUUGAAGAAGCCCCAAUGGCUUCCCAAACUUCCCCCGCAUUGGAGCCCUUGUAUGAGGAGUACCAGUAUACGAACCGAUCGCUAAACUACCCGACCAUGGCAGGAUAUCUCCCCGUACACGCGCAACGAGGGCGACUAUAUUACCUCCCAUCCGACCUGCCCAGAUCACAGCGCUUGUCUG